GCACUAUGAACGUAUCACGGAAAGAUAUAUAUGACGAGCAUGAGGAUGAGGAAGUAGAGGAAGUGGACGAUGGAGCGCGUGCGAUGCUAGAGAAAAUGCUUUCUUCUGGCUGGUCUAACGCUGUGGAAACCCAGGUUGAGGAAAAGGAAGACGACAAAAUGGACGAGGAUAAGCCAGAAGAAACCCCGGCACUUUCCUUCAAAUUGCUGUCGAAUGCACCUGUUACGAAGAUAAACGUAGAGGAUGCAGCUGAAGCGUCUAGCGCAGAGUACGACAAAUCCGUUAGAGAGCAUAAUGAAAAACAGCGGCAGUUGAGGGAAUCUUCGCCGUCUAAUGAUCUUAUCAACAGCCGGAAAUCACAAUUUGAGAGUGUAGCUGUUGAUUUUAACUGGAUAAAAGAGCAAUCAACUGUCCAUUGGAAACCCCUCAGCAGUCCGACAAAGAAAACAGCAACAGGACCACUAUCAGCUGAAGUCCUAGCGCUUGCAAAGACAGACGUUAAAGACGAUGAAGAGGAGAAAGAUAAACAAGGUCUAGUCUCAAAACCAUACGUUCCACGGAUAAGCUUAGAGGCACCAAAACAGCAUAAUACUAUUCAUAAAAAAGCAAAAAAGUUGCGUACCCCACCGGCAUUCUUCGCAGCAAGACCAGAUGAAUGUAAAUACGCAGCAUCAGCGGCGUAUUUUUACAGUAAACCUUCAUCAAGACCAUUCAAUCGUCCAGAUGGCUCUCAAAGGAAGUAUAUAAGGAGUGACAAGAGAGGUAUAACGGCACAAUUGGAAUACGCUCGUAUUGCAGAGGAGGACCGUCUUGCUAAGAAGGCUGAAGCGGCUGAACAGAAACUCAAGUUGAAGAAUAAGAGAAAAUUUGAAGGUAGAGGUACUGGAAAAGGUGAUACACUUGGCGUUAGUAGAGUUAGUACAGCUGGUGGAAAUGCUGCUGCUACUGGUGCAAACGCCACGUAGAUUGUUCUCUCAUUGUAUAGUUUAGUUAUUUUUCUAUAGAAAC